GGAAACACUACUUACAAGUUUUACAGUUUCAUCGUUGACAAGAUGAAGAACUACAAUGAAGAUCAUCUCCUGAAAAUUGUGAAGAAAAUAGUCAAGAAACAACUUUCUUCCGACAAUGUCCAUAUAACCCUUGGAAAAGGCAGCGAAAAACUGGAUGGUUUCAUGGGUGAGAUCCUAACAAUCCAUACAGUAGAUCAGGAUACGCAGAAAUCGUUAGAAUUGAUAGCGAAAAUCUCCCUUAAAGACGAGAAAAUCAGAAAUUACACAGCCAUCGCACAAAGUUAUAAGAAUGAGAUACAAGCUUAUGAAGAAUUCUUCCCAGCUCUCCAAGAAAUGAGGAACGAUUUCAAAAUUUCCCAACCCAUCAAAUCCCUAGUCAAAUUCUAUCACGCUUCCGAAACACAAAAUGAAGAAUACAUAAUUAUGGAAAAUAUUAAAAUGAAGGGAUAUGAAAUGUUGCCAGUCCGACAUUUAUUGAACAAUGAAGAAGUUAAAUUGAUCUUCGAAAGUUAUGGAGAGUUGCAUGCGAGUUCAUUGGCUUUGAAAGCGUUACAUCCGAAGAAGUUCCAAGAAAUUACCGGUCAAAAUGUGAGUGUUUUCCGUCUGAUCCUCGAUAUGAAAAUUUCUAAAGAUGUGGCAUAUAGUAUGACUUCCAUUCGAGAUGUGAUGAAAGAGAAAUGUUUUGAGCAUGUUUUAUUGAAUAAAUAUACGGAAGAUACGAUUGGAAUCUUGAAGAAAAAAAUGGAUUUCAGAGGAGAAAAAUAUGUUAGUUUUACACAUGGAGAUGGUUGGAGUAACAACAUAAUGUUCAAGUAUGAAGUGAGAAAUGGUCAACGAUCCCUGUCAGACAUAAAGUUAUUGGACUGGCAAGCAUGGUCCGUCGGACCUCCUGUAAUAGAUAUUAUGUUCUGCCUUUUUUCGAGUUGUUCCAAAGAAGUAUUUGAAAACUUAGACACCCACAUCGAGAGUUAUUAUGAGAGUUUAACAAAAACUUUGAUGCUUUACAAUUUGAAAGCGGAGGAAAUUUAUCCAUUUCAAGAAAUGCAGAGGCAAUUAGAACAACACUAUCACUAUCCCGCCAUUUUUGGAAUGAUGAUACGAAAAAUAAGGAGCUUCGAUGAAAACCACAGCAUUGACCCUGUUAAUUACAGUUCAAACGACGAUUCCACAUUCUUCGAUGCAGUUAGAGAUAUAAAAUUCGACAAAGAUUAUUUGUUCGAAAAUCUGAAAUAUGUAUUCGAUUUUCUUGAUAAGAAAACAAAUAAAAAUUAUGAUAUAUGACGAAAGA